GCACGCAGAUACUAUAUUAAUUAAAAAUGGUAGAUUAAUGAUUACGGAUUUUGGAUUAUCUGUAGAAGCUACGUCAUUAGUAUCUGAGAAUAUUGAAAAUAUUGUUUAUGUUGAACCACGUCAUCUUCAUGAUUCAAGUUAUAAGUUAGAUAUGAGAUCUGAUGUUUAUAGCUUAGGUGUUCUUUUAUGGGAAUUGUCAAGUGGGCGCCCCCCCUUCCUUAAUUAUGGACAGGGAGAAUUCAGCUUAACUCGAACGUUGAUUAUAAAUGGAAAAAGAGAAGACCCUAUUGAAAGUACACCUUUGGAAUACCAAAAGCUUUAUCAACAAUGUUGGCACAAUAGUCCAGAUAUAAGACCUGAAAUUAAUGAAGUUCAUGAAAUUUUAUCU